AUGGAGUCAUCGGGCAACAUUAGCAAAACUGAAGAUAGAAUUGAUCCAACUGAAGGAGGAGACUCUAUUGUUGCCAGCAAAGAUGAAGACAGAAUUAGUGCGCUACCCAGUGAAAUUCUUCUCCACAUCCUAGAACGCCUUGAUCUCCGCACGGCGAUUCGGGCCGGCACCGUCGCAACACGGUGGAGGCACCUUCCUCAUCAACUAUCUCAUCUGCUCAUCAGUACCUCGGACGUCUGUAAGGCCGGUUACACGACAGAUGAGAUAAUGAAGGCAUACACGGACGCGACGAGGAGGCUGCUGUCUCCUCCGACUUGCAAGUGCACUCAAACCAUCAAAACAUUGAAGCUCGGGUGCUACAUCAUGGACCCUUACUUGUCCACAAUUGGCCAUACGGUUCAGGAUGUCGUGAAGAGCCGCGAACCUGAAUACCUCGAGUUCGCAAUGUGCCCAGAUGUUGCUUCUCCAAGUGAUGCCCAAUUAGCCUUGUAUGGACAGCGGUUUAUGUCAUUCUUUGGUGCAUACCCUGGUCCCUUCAAAUUGCUCACUAGACUAAUCCUUCAGAACCUUGCGUUUCAAGACUCAGAUGUCACCAAUCUUCUUAACACUUGCAGUAAACUUAAGAUGCUUUCCUUGAGAUCCUGUGAAAUGCCCCAGGAAUCUGUCCUUGAAUUAGAUGCCCCAAGCUCGGAGCUCAGCUCACUUGAACUUAAAUGCUUUGGAUGCAUACACGUUGAGCUAAUCUGUCUUCCUAAACUGAGGGAACUGGUAUAUGAUGUUUGGUUUUGUGAAAACCCCCCAGUGUCUUUUGGCUAUGUUCCCCAGCUUCAUCAUGUCUGCUUUGCUUGUCCUGCCCAGUCUUGGCAGAAGCCAUUCGUGCUGAGCCAAUGUUUAUCUAGUGACAUAAACCUGUCAAAUCUGCUUUUGAACUUUUACACUCAAAUGAUAUGGGUUGAACCUGAAGGUCCACAACAGCUCACCCCUAUAUUCAGCAAACUGAGAGAUGUGCACCUUUGCGGUAUAUUUACUGAAUGUGAUUUGGAUUGGACUAUGUUUAUACUUGAAGGCGCACCUUCACUGGAGAAUUUUCAUUUAUCUCGUCAUUCAUGUGAAUUCAAUAAGUCCGAGGACGAUGCCGAGAAGACCAACUUGGUGCGGCAAGCAUCCAAUUUCAAGCACUUGAAAUUGAAGUUGUUCGUGAUGAAAGGGUUCGAGGAGGAAUACAAGGUGAUGAAUUAUAUACGGCUCGUCAUGGAACGAGCCGUGUGCUUAAAGAGAAUUGAGCUGCCUGCUAUAUCCCCAUGCAAGAAGUGCACUGCCAUAUCUCCAAGAUUUCCGGUGGAUGAAGCUAGCAAGCACCGCAUCAGGGAGCAACUCAGAUACGGAUUAUCCUCAUCCACAGACAUAAUAAUCGGAUGA